AUGUUUAAUGAAAUGAAAACCUCUGAAUGUUGCCCAUUAAAUGAGUCAGUAAUUUUAUCUCUCUUACAUCUAUCAUUUCUUGCAGAAGACGACUUUCAUAAAUACUAUUUAAUGUUUCAAAACAAAUUGAAAUUGGGCUUAGUAACUGCCAUCUUUAGCCAGGUUAAUCUGGUUCAUCUCUCAGUGGCAGAGGAAGUGGAAAUGCUGUCAAAUGUGGUACAUACAAAUUGUAAUGGUGAGAGGUUGGAAGAAAGGAGAAUCAGUGCAAAUCCACGAAUGUCCUACAUGUCUAGUUGCCCAAUGAGCAAAAAAAGAGAGUACUGUCCUUUGCUAAUGGAAAUAUCAUGCUUCAGAAACAAAUACCGAUGA